AUGAAGGUGUCUCCCAUGCUUUCAUUCAAAGAGUGGCAGGGGAUCCUGCUCAUGGCCUCCCUUGUAACAUGCUGGCACCUGUCUACCACUACCUAUGUCAAGAUCGAAAUAGUGCCACGCAAAGUGUUUGAGGGAGAAAAUGUCCUUCUACUGGCUAAAAAUCUGCCAAAGAAUCUUAAAUCCUUUGUCUGGUUCAAAGGGAAGGUAGAAAAGAGCCAUCAGAUUGCACUGUAUGCAGUGAAUGCUGAAGAAACUGUGACAGGGCCUGAAUACAGUGGCAGAGAGACAAUCUACAGUGAUGGAUCUUUGCAGAUCCGGAAGGUCACCCAGAAGGACAUAGGAUUCUAUAUUCUACAAACGUAUAAUAGGCAAGAAAAAAUUGUAUCAACAUCACCCAUAUACCUCUACGUGUACAAUUACAUUUUGACACUUGGAUGUCCUCUCGCCUCUGUCCAUCCCAGCAUUGAAUUAGUGCCUCCCUAUGUUGCUAAAGGAGAAAAUGUCCUUCUACGCGUUCACAAUCCCCCAGAGAAGAUUCAAGAAAUUUUCUGGUACAGAGGGGUAUUUGUGUUGAGUUACAAAGAGGUUUCUCGAUACAUAAUAGCCAAGAAUUCAAGUGUGGAUGGACCUGCACACAGUGGUAGAGAGACCAUGUACAGCAAUGGAUCCUUGCUAAUCCACAAUGCUACCGGGAAUGACACUGGAUACUAUACCCUACGAACUCUGAGUACAGAUGUGAAAGAUGAAGUAGUGCAUGUACAACUCCUGGUGGGUGCCUCCUUUUUGCCCUGUGGACGCUCUCCCACCUCUACUCACUUCAGCAUUGAAUCAGUGCCACCCAGUGUUGCUGAAGGGGGAAGUGUUCUUCUACUUGUUCACAAUCUUCCAAGGAAUCUUGAAAUGCUUUUCUGGUACAAAGGGGUGGCAAUGAUCAAGAACCAAGAGGUUUCUCGGUAUGUAAUAGCCAAUAAUUCAAGUGUGGAGGGACCUUCACACAGUGGUAGAGAGACAUUGUACAGCAAUGGAUCCCUGCUGAUCCACACUGUCACCAAGACUGACACUGGAUUCUACACCCUGCGCACUCUGGGCACAGAUCUGAAAGAGCAAAUGAGGCAUGUGCAACUCCAUGUGGAUGCCUCGCUUUCUACUUGCUGUAACCCUCUCACCUCUGCCCCACUUGUGAUCAAUCAAGUGCCACAGAGUGUUGCUAAAGGGGAAAGCGUUCUUCUCCAAGUUCAUAACCUGCCACAAGAUCUGCAUGCAUUUUCAUGGUACAAAUCUGCAUAUAGAAGCCAGCUUUUAAAGAUUGUACUAUACACCUCAUCCAUGAAUUCCAUCAUGAGGGGCCCUGCACACAGCAGAAGAAUGACAGUAUAUGCCAACGGAUCCCUGCUCUUCCAGAAUGUCACUGAGAAUGAUGCAGGAUUCUACACACUAGAAACUGUAAACAGAGGGUUCAAUGUUACAACAACACAUGCACAACUUCAUAUAAACUGCAUUUACCCUUCCACCACUGGUCAGCUCAUUAUAGAACCUGUGCCUCUCAACAUUGUUGAUGGGAGCAACGCUCUCCUGCUUGCUCAUAAUAUGCCAGAGAAACUUCAUGCCUUUUACUGGUACAAAGGAGAAACCUUUCUCUACAAACAUGAAAGUUCACGCCAUGAAGUAACCAUGAGUAGAAGUAUGCUUGGGCCUGCAUACAGCGGUAAAGAGACAGUGUAUCCCAAUGGAUCACUGCUACUGCACAAUGUCACCCAGGAAGACAUUGGAUUCUACACCCUAGUAAUUAUAAAUAUGCAAUUAUACAUUCAGGAGACAGACGUGGAGCUCCACAUAUACAAGCCUGUGACACAACCCUUUAUUCAGGUCACCAACACCACAGUCAGAGUACAGAGUUCUGUCAUCCUCACUUGUGUCUCACCCGACACUGGAAUCUCGAUCCAUUGGUUCUUCAAAGACCAGAAUCUACAACUCACAGAGAGAAUGAAGCUGUCCCCGACAAAGUGCCAGCUCACCAUAGAUCCUGUGAGGAUGGAGGAUGCUGGAGAGUAUCAGUGUGAGGCCUCCAACCCAGUCAGUUUUAUGACCAGUUUCCGAGUCACCCUGGAUGUUGUGAAUGGGUGA